UCCCCGCGCCGGCGCCCCGCAGGACAGGCAGCCUGUCAGCUGUCCUCAGGGCGCUGUGACAGCAUGCCCGGUGCCCACCCAGCUCCAGCCCGGCUGCCUGGAGGAAGCGGUGGGCAGGCAGCGCGCUUGAGGGGGGCUGGCGGAAGGCCAGGCUCGCAGAGAACAGCGGGCAGGCGCCGAUUGGGGACAGGAGAGCCGAGCAGCUCCGGCUCCCAGAGAUCAGAUGGCCGCCGGCAGCUCUGCAGGAAAGAUGCGGCAGGCUGGCUCACUGCGCAGGGAAGGGGGGAGAGGCCGGCUCUGGGCCCACUCGCCGAGUAUGAGCUCAUUGCUAUUUAAAAGACGCCAGUCUGCGCUGAGAACCUGCUGGGGGCCGCCAUCCAGCUGUAGGCUUGUCCAGUGAGGACCGGAAGUGGAGGGCGAGGACCCAGCCUCUGAGGGGACCAUGGCCUCUAGUCUCCGGCAUGGCGCCCCCUGGGGGCUCCUGCUGCUGCUGCUGGCCCUGGCGGCUGGCCCUGCACUGGGCCAGGAUCUGCCCUGGCCACCUGAGGCCCCGGGAGCCCACCCUGUCCCGCCAGGCGAGGAGCCCCAGGCACAGGACUUCCUCUGGGUGCAGCACAAAGAGAGGAGCUCUCCCAACUCCUCUGUUCCCCUGGACCCGGUGCUGCAUGGCCCUAAGGCAGCCCCUGGGGCUCCAAGAGAGGGGCUCUCCAUGACCUAUGACCUCCAGAUGGCACGAGCACCCAGUUCUCAGGGUUGGACAGGACCCCCGGAGCCAGAAGCACCAGCCCCUCCACCAGUGAGGGCCCCCCACCUCUCCAUCACCCCUGGCACUCCCAGACUCCAGUCUGGGGGGGGCACAGCUACUCCCUCUCCAGGGGAGCCUGCAGUGCAGGGGCCAUCCAGAGAAGAGGGGCUGGGGGCUGAAGUUGGGGUCCAAGAUACUCCCCCCUUGGGGUCCCAGGGCCCUGCCCAUACUCUCUGGCCCCACCCUGUUACUGUUAAGAUAUCAGCACUGGAUGCUUUAGGUGGGAGCCAGGGGGACUUCCUGGAGGUGGCUCGAGCCCCCACCUUCACCCAGCAGGACCUGGCAGCCCCUGGCCCUGGCUCGGGGCCCCCUGUUGGGGCAGUGUCCUCCUGGGAGCCUGGGCCCCAGCCGGACCUGGCACUGGCCAGAAGCCUUCCUCCUGUUGAUCAGCUGCCUGUGGAGUCCCCCAAGAAGGCUGGCAGUGGGGAGCCCUGGGAAGACAGCCCUCCAAUCCCUUCACCCACACAGACCAACCCUCCUGAUGGUGAGGGUCCCCCAAGAUCCCAAACCUUGAGGUCCCCAACCUCAGAGGCUCUGGAAGACUCCAAACCAGAAGUAGCAGCCAUGAAUGGGGAGGAACCCAUCUCCCCCCAGCGGGUGAGAGGGGCAGUGGAGCACCCAGGCACCCCCAGGACUCUCAUUCCGGUCAUGCUGGAGCCCAGACCAGCUCCGAACCACACAGAGAGCCCUGCGGGGGCCUUGAAGCCAGAUGACGCCGAGGAGUGGGCGGGGCGCCCCCAGAGCCACCCUCCGGCACCCCCGGUGCAGGCCCCUUCGACGACCCGCCGGGGCCUCGUGCGGGUGACCACGCAGCGCGCCCUGGGCCCGCCACCGCCCCCGGAGCCCUCGGCCUCGGCCCCCGCCGCCUCCGGCCCCCUAGCCAACGCCACGGCGCCGCCCCUGCGCUGGGGCCCGCUGCGCCGCGUGCUGCACCUGUCCUGGGAGCUGCACGUGUACGGCGCGGGCGCGCUCUUCCUGCUGCCCGCGCUGCUGGCGCUGGCCACGCUGGCGGCCGCCCCGGCCGGACCCCGGCUGGCGCUGGUGGCGGCCGCGCUGGUGCUGGUGGCGUCGAUGCUGCGCUCCGCCUACCUGCUGGCCGACCCGUACGGCGCGCGGGCGCGGCUGGGCGCACGGGCGGGGCUGGCGCUCUACGACGCGCCCUUCCCGCUGCUGCUGGCGGCGCUGGCGGCGCUGGCCGUGCUGGGCCUGGGCGCCGGGCUGCCCGCCCCGCUGCGGAGCCCCCCGCUGCUGGCCGCCGCCGGCCUGCUCCACGUGGCGGGGCUGCUGGGCGCCGACGUGCUGUGCGCUCGGCCGGUGCUGAACGUGCUGGCGCAGGGCUGCUCGUGCGCCUGGGGCGCGGCCGUGGCGCUGGGCACCUUGUGCCUGUGUCGCCGCCGCCUGCUGCAGGGCGCGCGCGCGCGCUCCUCGGUCCCGGGGCCGCGCCUGCUGGCCGUGGCGGGCGCGCUGGGGCUGCUGGCGGCCGGGCUGCAACUGGCCGCCGCGCUCUGGCUCUACCCGGGCCCCGGCCGCCCGGGCCGCUUCUCCUGGGCCUGGUGGGCCGUGCAUUUCUGGCUUCGCCUGCUGGAGCUGGGCUGGGCACUGGUUUUGGCGUUGGGUGCGGUGGCCGCCGCCAGGCCCCGGCCGCCCACCGAGCACGCCUGCUGGGCCAAGCUGCUGCGCCUGGCCUGCCCUGUGCCGCCGGGCAAGAGCGAGGUACCCGAGCGCCCUAACAACUGCUACGCGGGCCCCGGGGGCGCGGGCAGCCUGGCGGUCAACCGCAGCCUCAUCCGUGAGCCGGGCGCGGCGGGUUCGGACCCCUGGGGCUCGGCGAGCGCGGGGCUGUCCCGCAGCAGCGGCGGGGCCGCGGAGCCAUCGCUCAGUGAGCUGGACCUGCGGCCGCCGUCGCCCAUCAACCUGAGCCGCAGCAUCGACGCGGCGCUGUUCCGCGAGCACCUGGUGCACGACAGCGUGUUCCGCCGCUGCGGCCUGGCUUCCUCGCCGCCGGGGGGCGCGCUGCGGCCGCGCCGUGGCAGCCAUCCGGACGCCGAGCAGGACGGCGCGGGCGCCGCGGGGCUGCGGGGCCGCUGCCGCUCGCUGAGCGACGUGCGCCCGCGCGGCCCGGUGCCCCCGCACGUGCUGGAAGCGGCCCGAGGCGCGGCAUCGGGCAGCUCGCUGGACAGCGGCUCGCGGGGCUCGCUGCGCAUCAGCUGGAACCCGUGGCGCCACGGGCUGUCGUCGGUGGACAGCCUGCCCCUGGACGAGCUGCCCAGCACCGUGCAGCUGCUGCCUGCACCCGCGCCCGCCCCGGCGCGCCCCGCGGAGCCUGCAGGGGAACCCCGCCGCUGCGACUCCCGCAGCGCCUCCAGCGACACCAUCGACCUCUGAGGACGCGGGACCCUGACCGCUGGCUGAUCACCGCGCUGGGCGCCCCCGCGGUGCCUUGGGUUUGCUUUUUAUUGUCUGCAUUUUGCACAGGGGCCGUGACUUCUGCUGAGCACAGGGUGGACACGCACGGGUUUGGGGACCGGGAUUCCCCGCAGUGGACAGGGGAAGCUCGCUUGCCCAGACUGUCUGUCCUCUUCGUGCCAAAGAAAUAAACCCUUAGGACUUGG